AUGUCUGGAGCACUUACUAAAUUCGGCGACAGAGUGGUCAAAGACCCUAAGCUGCUGGCUAAAUUGUUCAAAGGGGUCACUCCAGGGUCUCGCCUGUUGCCAUCUCGCGAUCAUAACAGUAACAAGCUCUUCCAAUGCCGAGUUGACCUAGGCGAAGAGCUUCAUGAUAAACCUGGGUAUUAUAAUGUCUAUCUCCAAGUCAACAAAGAAGCAGAAAGUAUCGGUCUUCGAGACUGGCCGAGGAAAAACCCGCACGGGAACCUCGCGGUCACAACAAUCAACCGGAAUGUGGAGGAGAAAGACAAAACUGACGAGGGGUCCCGUGUAAUAAACGAGUUGGUUGAACAAGGGAAGAAAAAUCUUUGA